GGAAUAUUGAACACAGAACUUGUCAAUUUUAAAAAAAUAGCCUUCAAUAUUAAUUCAUAUAGCAAAAUCUUUAUUUUUGUGAAAAGUGGAAUAAAACAAUGUUUUACUUCUUGCAUCAUCACCUCCCGUAUGAUUCCCAAAUGAUGUAUCUGGCAGCGUAUUAAUUUGUUCGUUCUUGAUCAUCCUUGCUCACAACCAUUAUAACUUGUAGAACAUUGUAAUGAAUCGAAUGAUUUGGAAUUAUGAUACCGUAUGAUUUAUGAAUUGUGACUUGGAGUAUUUAGAACAGAGUGAAAUACAAGUUGCAGACUCUCCUCAGGACAGGAUGACUUGGCAACGGAAACAAACAAUACAAAUGAUGAAGAAGCAGCAGAAAAUUCAACCGUCGAAGAAAACCAGAUACAAGGUGAAAAUGGCGGUUUCAAUUCUUCGGGGGAAUCGUCCGCAAAUGUUCUACUUCAAGGUGAAAAUGGCGGUUUCAAUUCUUCGGGGGAAUCGUCUGCAAAUGUUCUACUUCAAGUUUGACAACAAUUGACCUGAACAAGUCACCAACCUGUAAAGACAAUCGGAAACUGCCUGAAGAACCAUUGAUGCAGUUCCUUUCCUGUUUAUAAAGUCUGAAUGGCCAUGCUUAGGUGGAUUAAUGGGAAUGUGUGUACCAUCAAUGUCGGCAUAAGCUUGAGGAAACUGGGUAUGUCUAGCUAAUUCUUUGGCUUCCGCCUCUCCUGGCAUCUUUAUGAAUUCAUCUACGUGAUUCACUAGAGCUUUGCAAAAACUGCAAAUAAGAGUAAAACUAAUUUUAAAAAUCUUAAUAACAACUGCUUCUUCUCAAUCUACCCAUGCAAGUCUAUUCAAUAUAUAUUAUAUUGUUCCUCUAAGUAUGCCUAUUUUACUCGGAUUAUGAUUUUGUAAAUUAAUUGCUGAGACUUGUUUUAUGUGAAAUAAGAUUGCUUUUCUUUGUUGAUAUGAACU